GCCUUCUUCACUGAGCCGAUGCGGGUGAAGGUGUAUGCGUAAGCUGAAGCGGAGAUUCUCAAAUACCCUUCGAAGUUCCACUUAAUUACACUUCUACACUCCACAUCGAUGGCGAGAGGCUCUUCUCAGUCGCAGGCGUCGACGACCGCCACCUCCCGGCCCGGCCCUGUCGGCAUGGCUCCGCGGGGGACGGCGGCCGCCACUGCAGGGAUGCGUCGCCGACGUGUUGGAGGCGGUAGCGGAGGAUCAUCCAGCGGAUACGGUGGCGGCGGCAGCGGAAGCAAUAUGCUGAGAUUCUACACCGACGACGCUCCUGGACUCAAGAUCACGCCUACCGUCGUCCUCGUUAUGAGUCUCUGCUUCAUCGGCUUCGUCACUGCUCUCCACGUCUUCGGCAAGAUUUAUCGCUACAAAGCUGGUGGCGGACCUUGAUUUCAUUGCUCGGAUCAUGAUCGCGUCAUGACCAACUUGUGCUUCCGAUGGUGUUGUAUUCGGCAUUGAACAUUCCAUAUAAAGAUGACCAGAUAACAAUUUGAUAUUUGUACCUUUAUUGCUGAAUUAAGCCAAAUUUAUUCAUACUUUGAAUGCUGAAAUGAGUUGGGAAAUAUGUGCAAAUGCCCCCAGGAUCUGGUGGCUAAAUUUUAUAUUUUCAGUCUAGCUGUUCUUGCAGGACUUCUACACGCAUUAUGCUCUCUUUGAAUGUUGUCUUGUAUCCGGUUGGUUCAUUACAAAAAUCAAAUUUCUGUUGUAUUAAAAUUCAGUGCUUGUUGGAA